AUGGCAGAAGAACCUAUGCUCUUGCGAAUCCCGCCCGAGAUUCGCAUGCUGAUAUACGACUAUCUUCUCGAUAACGGCGGGACCAAAGAUAUUUCAAUUCGAAAUCAGUCGAAACGUGAAUACGAGGCGCGCCGUUCGAAGACCCAACGGUCAGCAUAUCAUAUAAUGGAGCGAACUAUCGCAAAGAAGUCAUACAAAACGACAUAUUGCGCCGACCCUCAUCCCCGCCGAUCGAUGCACACUGCAGUUAUGCAGAUCAACAGGAAAAUCCGAGAGGAAGCCUCUCAUUACCUGUACACAAAGCAUGCUUUCCACUUUGGAGAAGACCUUGAGGCCUUGGUGCCCUUCCUCACUGAUAAGACGCCACGCACUAGAGACUUAGUCCGGGAGAUCAGCCUCUACAAGCGCAGUCCAACAAAUGUGAUGGAACCAGAUUCAUAUGACUGGUCUUCUGUGUGUCGUUCGCUACGAAGUUUGCAAAGCUUGGAUAAGUUGACACUUGUCAUUGAGGGCGCUCGUCCACGAGGGCCAUGGGACGGCCCGCAGAGCUUGACGGACGUCGUCAUUGUUGCUGAUAUUCACAACUUGCCUCAUCCUGAGUCGAACAUGAUGCUGGUCCUCGCCGCAUUUUCAUCUUCGAUUGAAACGUCGUUGGUGGACUUUCUUCGCGAUGAUCUGGGGAUUCCUGCGCGAGUUGGACAACCACAGUAUUGUGGUGCUGGAGUGUUCGGCCGGUCCAGAAAAUGUGAGAGGAACGGGUGUCUGACGAGUUUGGAAAAUUGA